CCAAUGUUCAGUGACUAUUCAUGCAAUUGUCAUUGAUCCGUUAGUUGGUAACGGUUUUCACAGUAACCGGACAGGACCAGAGGCCCGGGUCUCUGAGAUUUCGGUCCGAUCCUCUUUUGACAAAGACGAAUCACAGAGAGUGAAAAUUUUGCCUAAAUGGUGGGUGGGUUCAAGCGUGUUCGUUAAUUGAUUGAUCCCUUCAUUAGUUGGUGCGAGCUCCUCGAUUCCUACCCCUUCACCCUAGCCGCUGCAAUCGCCCCUUUUCCCUAGCCGAUUAGCAACUUAUUCCCAUCGCCGACAUCGAAUAGGCGUCCUGAUAGAGCGAGAGGAAGCAGAUACAGCCGCCGGCUUACGACGGUUGCUGUUAUUAUCUUUACCGGCCACCACCGCCAGUUGCGUAACUCCGUUCGUUACCUUUGAAGACAUAGCUUGGUGGCGAUCCCAGCUGAAUAAAAGGAGCAAUCAAUCUAGACAGUGAGUUGGGCGCCGGUUCGGUGCGCUGCAGCUGCUACCCCUGGUUUGAAGCUUGCUGGCCCGCCGUCGUCGGGAACUGUCCUCGCUCGACGUUACCAUCGUCCCAGCUCGUCCUCUCUGACUGUGUUCGCGUUUUGGAAGUUUGGCAAACCAUUUGGGUAACUAGUGCGGAGUAAAGAAGGGUCAGGAUAGAGGAAUGGAUUUCUCAGAGCAAGAUGUGGAUAUCUUUGGGGAAGAAUAUGAACAAGAUGACAAAGAAGAGAAAGAGGACAACGGGACCCACCGUUCUUCCUCAUCUUCCUCUUCAUCCUCUUCAUCCGCAGCAUCCGGAUCAUCAGGUUCUUCAUCGUCUGGAGCUUCCUCUUCGUCUGGGGGAAAGAGCAGUGGGAGUGGCAGUAGCAGUGGGGAAGAUGAAGACAAUGGUGAAGAAGCGGUGGAGAGUGAUAAGUACCAUAAUUAUAAGGAUAGUAACAAUACCGAUGACUAUAAUGAGGAGAAAGAUCUCUUUGGAGAAGACAACCUAGAGUAUAUGAAGACCACUGCAAUUAGCCAACAUCCAAUUCCUGGUGACUCUUUUUUUCGUGUUUGUUUAUGCUUUUCUUGUUCGGGUUGUACAAGUAUUAUAUAUUCUCUUAACCCUUUCCAUUUAAUUGCUCACUCGAUUUGAUAACUUGAAAGAAAGCUCUUCUUUUUGUUCUGUUUUCAUGUUAGCGAAGAUCUUUCUCUAUAUGUUACAUGUAUUGAGAGUGUUAGCAUCAUAUGCAACUGUAUUGAUAUGGAUGCUCCAUUAUGAGUAGGAAAGUAGUCCUAUUUGAGUGUUACAUUUUCACCAAUUUGAGAAAAGUGUUGCCUGCUAUACGUGCCCCCAGUAAUCCGGGUAGAGGGGGAUUUGGACGUGGUCGUUGGCCAAAUGACAGAGGAGCUGGGCUCCUGCCUAGACCGGGUUAUCCUCCUAGGCAGGGCUAUGGCGGAUAUGGUAAUAAAUUUCAAAAUGGUCAUCGUGAUGAACGGUUUGUCUCUGAACUGAAGUUUUCAAAGAGUGAAGAAACCUUAUCAAGAAAGCAAGUUGCUUUUCAAGCGCCAUGUGAGCUUGGUUGCUAUAGUCGCAUUGAAGGCGGAGAAGUCAUAUUUACUGAUCGCAACUUGAGGCUCUUUAAGCGUCUAAUAUCUGAAGAUAUUGGAGCGGAUCUUAAUCAAGGCUUUGAUACUUUCAUUGAAAAGAAAGAUUUGGGCUCUGAAGGGUUCGGCGACCUCCUUGGUUGUAUAAGGGAGAAAAAUAUUCCGCUGCAAAAUAUGCAUUUCGUGACUUUCCGGAACAACCUAAAUAAGAUCAUGCAAACUGCUUAUAUUCGACACGAGCCAUGGGAAAUGGGGGUGCAUAAGAGGAAUGGAGUUGUGUACCUUGAUGUACAUAAACUUCCUGAACGACCCCAGAGUGAGUUCGAAAGAAAGAGGUGUUACUGGGGAUAUUGUUUUGAGACCUUAGCCACUGAAGAUCCAGGAAGAGCUGAUGGAGAACCUAUACAUCAUGUUGAUGCCAACGUGGAGUAUUGUGCUAUGUUUAAAACCAAGUUAGGGGCUCAUCGCAUAUUGAUGGGUGCUGAAAUGGAUUGUUGCGAUUCUACUGAUGAUGGAAGGAGGUUUUAUGUGGAGUUGAAGACAAAUCGUGAGGUUUUGGAGUAUCAUACAGAGGAAAAAUUUGAGAGGGAGAAACUGCUCAAGGUUUGGAUUCAAUCAUUCUUAGCUGGGGUUCCUUACAUCGUGAUUGGAUUCAGGGAUGAUCACGGCCGACUUGUACGAACAGAGAGGCUAAGAACUAAAGAUAUAACACAAAGAGUGAAAAUGAAGAACUACUGGCAGGGAGGUGUCUGUCUAGCGUUUGCAGAUGAGGUACUAUGCUGGCUCUAUGGAACAGUGAAAGAAAAUGAAGAUUACAUACUGCAGUUUGCGCACCCUUUCAUGCGGUUAGAGCUUCUACAAGCGCAAUCUUGCCCCGAAGCUAUCACUAACCAUGUUAGUCAGCUGUGAGAAGCUCGUGUAUACAUACAGACCCUUUGUACUUUUGUAUGGCCUUCAAUCUGAAACAUCAUCCAUACACGACUAAGUUAAGUCCGUAGGAUUCAGACUACUGGAAGUUGGUUGCCAAUACAAUUGAGACAAGACUUGUUACUUAGUCUGUUUAAAGCUAAAAACAGGUUACUUGGGAAAAUCUCCCUGUGGGUGUGGGGGUGGCUUUUGCCCGAGGUAGCAAAUUGGAUUGUCGAGUGGCUUUAGGUCUGGGGGAAUUUUGUUAAUGGGCUACGUGAAUUGCAAGUUAUCCCAAUUUCAUUUUUUGCUAGUAAGACCCACCAUUAUCUAUGGCUUCUUUUAUAAAUCAACACCGUAAUACAAGUGCAUCAAGUUUCUUGAACAAUAUCGAAACUAAAUAAG